AUUGAUGAUCAACCAUUUGCUUUGAUAUAACCAAAUGAAAAUAAAAUAAAACUUGAAUAUUUACAACAAAAAUGGACCAAGAUACAUUAUUAUCCAUAUCACAUCUGCAUAAACAAUUUGCCGAUAUAAAACAAAAUGCACCAUCAAUUGGUUCAUCACAAUCGGCAAAUGAAUUACAUGAACAAAAAAUUUAUAAUAUUUUACCAUUAUUUUGUAAAAUAUUUAAUAAUAACAACAACAAUAAUUACUAUCAACAACAACAACAACCAUCGACAACAACAAAUUCAAAUGAAUUAUCUACAAAUAUACCAAAUAUUGAUAUAUUUGAAACAUUUGCCGAUGCAACAUCAUUCACUCAGAUGGUAUCAAGACUAAUGGUAACCGAGAUUCGUCGUCGUGCAUCAAACAAAACAACCGAAUUAGCAUCAUUAGCAAUUGUUGAAUUUUUAGAAAUUAGUCCAACCAUAACAAAUAUACCGGCAAAUAAAAAAGGAUGGAUCCUGCUAUCAACAUUGAAUAUUUUAGUUUCAUUUAAUUCAUCACAAUUGAUUGCUAUUAUGACUAAUAAUUCAUUAGCAUCAACAUUAGUUAAAUGUUUAUAUCUAUUUUUUGAUCUUCCACCGUUCGAUGAUAACGAUAAUAAUGAUGAAAAUAAAUUGAAAAUCGAUAAUGAUAAUGAUGAUAAUAACGAUGAUAAUGAUGAUUAUUAUCUAUCAAACAAUGAACGUCGACAAUUAUUACAAAAAGUAUUUUCACAAUUAUUAACACGUUUAUGUAUAUCACCAACAGCAUUAAAUGAUUUAACACGUAAAGAUGAUUUAAUAUUAUUAUUUAAUGUUAUAACAUCAUGGUGUCCAGAACAUAAUUCAAUGUGGCGUAAGACAGCAGCCGAUACAAUCAUAACGAUGGCUAAACAUGGAAAUCUGAAUGUUGAUUAUUUACAUUCGAAAAAUUGUAUACAUUUGUUUGUUGAAAAUGUACAAAGAAUAUUAGAAUUAGGUACAGCACCUAAUAAUGAAAUUAUAUUAAUGAUACGUACAUUUAUAUUGUUCAUGUUAGAAUAUGUUAAUCAUUAUCAAAAUUCGGGUAAUACAAAUAAUUCCAAUCUAGCCAUACAAAUACUACUGGAUGAUUUUAACGAAUGUUUUGGUUAUCAAUGUUUUGUUGAUUUUGGUAUUAAAUUAGAACAAUCUGAAGAUUUUAAUUUAUUAGCUGAAUUUAUUGAUUUGAUUGGUUGUUUUACAAAAAUCGGUAUUGAACAAUUAAAACCACGGCCAUUAUCAGUAAAUCAAGUAUUUAUUAUUGAAAAUUUUUCCAUACCAAAACCAUCGUUAAAAAAUUCGAUAAAAAAUCUUAAAGCAUUCAGUAUUUAUGUAUCAUUAUGGCAAAAAUCACAAACAAUUCCGCUGCAACAAAUGAUUUUGAAUCAAAUUCAACAAAUUUAUCGGGAAGAUAAAGCAAAUUAUUUUCUAUUAGAAUCACAAAAUACAUUAAGUUCAUUUGCCGAUCGUUUGGAAGAAAAAAAUGAAACGAUACAAUCGAUAUAUUAUUCGAUAUUAGAAUAUAUUGUAACCGAAUUGAAUUAUGUUCCAUGUAAAGAAUUGAUUACGAUAGGUAUGAUAUUGAAAAAACAACAACAACAAAAUGAUUCAAAAACAUCAUCCCUAUUAGCAUUACGAUCAUUAAAUUCAAUGUUAAAAUUGAAUCAAAUUUUUAAAGAAGUAUUUCGUGAAGUUGGUCUUGUUGAUAUUAUUUGUACAACAUAUAAUUUAUUUAUUGAAAUGCUCGAACAACAACAACAGCAACAAAAAUCUGCUGAUGAUAAUGAUGGUGAUGGUAAUGAUUUAUCACAACAACAUAUUGAAUCGAAUCUAACUGAAUUGUUGGAAAUUCUCAUACAACUAUUGUUGGGUCAAUCGGUUAAUCAAAAUUGUCAAAUUUUUCAUGAUCUUGAUUCAACAACACAUACAUUCCAAUUGAUCAAAUUAUUAAAUACUUAAUCAUCAAGAAGUAAUCGUGAAUCAAAUUCAAUUGCCAAAUCAAUACGUAAACGUGCAUUUACAUUAAUACAACAAUUAAUAUUAUCGACUAAUAAUAGUGAAGAAAAUCUAUCACAAUUAUUAGUUUUAUUACAUAAAGAUCGUAAUUCAUUCAACAGUGUACAGGAAAUGUUGAGUUUAAAAUUAUCAGUUUUAAAAUCAUUAUUGAUUGUAUUGAGUGAAAAUCAUCGUGUACGUGCAUUAUUUCGUAAAAUUGGUGGUUUUGUAUCGGUUAUAUCGGUUAUUGUUUAUAUGGAAAAUUAUUUAAGUGAAAUACCAUCCGUAUAUGUUAUUACUGAUAAUAGUAGACAAAUUUGGAAUCUAUUACGUUUUGUUUUUGCAACAUUAACAACAGCAAUGCGUUUUGAACCGGCAAAUUCAAAAUAUUUUGCUCAAGAAAUUUGUUCACCAAGUUUUACCGAUUCAUUACGAUUGUUGGGUUGUUUUGAUGAAAUACAAUUUGGUUGGCGAAAAUCAUCAAUGAUGAUGGCUAAAAAAGAUGAAACAAAUUAUGAAAAAUUAUUUGAAUAUAAUGUUGAUGAAUUACCAUCGAAUCGAAAAUAUACAAAAAAUGAAUGUUCCUGUGUUCUGAUGAGAUUAUUAUAUGAUAUGGCUAUGGAUUCAUUGGAUCGAAAUAGUGGAAAUACUGGAUCACAACAACAACUGAUAAAAUCCUCAAAUAUGGAUACAAAUAUAAUCAUUUAUCCAUGCAUAAUUGAUUCAAUAUUUCAAUUAUUAAAAUUUAUUGAAUCAGGUCGUUUAUGUAGAUUUUUAAUGGAAAAAAUCGGUACAUUAUUACGAUUAGAACGUAAUUGUCAAGUGAUUUGUGAAACUGGUUUAGUUUCCGAAUUAAUGCAUUCAGCUUAUUUGGAUAUUUUUAUGGAUGAAUCAAAUCAAUUACAUCAAUUAAUUCGUUAUAUAUUUGAACGAUUAUCUGCACAUCAUAUACAGGCCAAAGAUUUACGUAUAUUUUUACGUUUAUCAAAUCCACUCAAUUCAAUACCAUUGGAUGAAAUUAAACCAAAAAUAUUUAAUCGUGAUCGUUCAAUACCAUUAUCAAGAAUUAAAUCAAUAAUAAGUAUUGCUACACCACGUGAUUCACAAGAUGAUGAUCAAUCAAAUAAUCGAAUAAUUCAAUGUUCAAAUCGUAAUCUAACACCACCAUUUACUGAAUUUGAUAUGAAUCCAGAAGGAUUUAGUUGUAUAUUUAUACCAUCGAUUGCACCUAUUUCGACAGCAGGUAAUUUUUCGAAUGGUCCAUCAAGUCUUUUGACUGGUGCAAUUGUUGGUAAUUCUGAUUCACCUGUAUUAGUUAAUGGUGGUAUUGGUACCGGUGAACGUGCAUUUCCAUCACAAUCUGGUCUUUCAUUUACAAGUUGGAUUUUUAUUGAACGUUUUGAUCAAAUUAAUGAUAAUCAUACAAUCAAUGUAUUAACAUUAUAUCGUUCAACACAACCAAAUGCUGAAUAUUCAUGUUUAAAAGCAUAUAUAAGUUUACAGGAAAAAACAAUGACUAUUUCUACACAAGAAUUACCAAUAUUUACAACAAUGAAUAUACAAAUGAAUCUUGAUUCAGAUCAUAAUGUUAGAUUUCCAGUACCGGAAUUAACAACAACAAAUUCAUGGCAUCAUAUUGUUAUUGUAUUGAAUAGAGCAUUAUUAAAAAAUUCUACAAUUUAUGUUUAUAUUGAUGGUUGUUUACGUUUAUCAAAAAAAUUAAGCUAUAUUUCAUCAAUUGUUGGUGGUAGUUAUGGUAUUACAAAUACAAGUCCAUUAUAUAUAAAUGCAUUUAUUGGUACACCACCACAAUAUCGUAAACAAGGUUCACAAUUAGUUUGGAAACAAGGUCCAUGUCAUUUGAUUGAAGAAGCAUUAGGUCCACCAUUUGUUUCAUAUAUUUAUAUGCUUGGUCCUAAUUAUAUUGGUAGUUUUCAGGCUAUUGCAUAUAAACAACAAUCACAUCAUCAACAACAAAUUGCUGAAGAUAAAUUAAUAUUUGGUUUAAAUGCACGUGCAACAUCAGUAAUGACAUUAUCAAAAAUGCGUCGUGUUUAUUCAAAAUUUGAUUGUAAACAAAUUGCUAAAAUUAUUGGCCUUUCAACACAUGAAAAUGCAACACCUAUUUAUGUAUUACAUAAUUCAGCUGGACAUUUAUGUGGACCAAGUAGACCAUUAGGUGGUGUUUUGAUUGGUAAUAUUGGUGCACGAUGUUUUGUACCAAAACCAAUUACACUGACUGUAGCCGAUAUUGGUGGUACAUAUCUAUUGUUAGGUUUGGUUGCAAAUGCACAUGAUUCUGAAACAUUAUAUGCAAGUUGUAAAACAUUUUUAUGUAUUAUUCGUUCAAAUCGUGAAUUACAACUUGAAAUGGAUCGUAUUAAUGGUUAUCAAAUAUUAUCAAUGUUAUUAAAACGUAAAAGAUUAUCAUUAAAUGUUCAUAUUCUUAAUUUAUUAUUUGAUUUGGUGGAUAAUCUUGAUGCACGAUUAAUAAUGAAUCAGACAAUAAAUCGUCAAACAAUUUAUUCAUCUGCAACAAUUUCAAACGUUGCAAACAAAUAUCCAAGUAAUUAUCGUGCAUUUAAAGAAUUAUUUAUCGAUUCUAUUGAUCUUUGGCUGCAAAGUGAAUUACUUAAACCAUUAUUAGAUCGUAUAAAUGAAAUUAUAACAUCAAGUUCAACUAGUUCAAGUAUGGAAAAUGCUUUAACAAUUGAAACACGUUUAAAUGUUUAUCAUUUACGUAAAAUGAAUCUAUUGACACGUUUAUUUUCAUUGUUUAAAGAUCAUCCAGAAUUAAAAGAUGAUGAAAAACUCAUACCGAUCAUAAUGAUUAUUUGUUUUCGUUUAUUAAACAAAACUAAUCGAUCAAAAGAUUUACUUUGUUUGGGACAAUUUAUUGUUUCACUUUUACCGAUCAAUAAUAACGAUGAUCAACAACAAAAACAACGACAAAAUGAUCAAUCGAAAACAAUCGAACAAUCGAAUACAAUGAACGAAACAAUCGAUUCAUCGAUUGAAUUAAUAAAUUCUUUAUUGAAAAUUAUUCUACAAUUAAUGAGCCGUAAUUCACCAUCAACAAAUGGUCAAAUGCAAGAUGAUUUGGUACGAUCACUUGGUUUUGAUUGGUUUCUGUUGUUUAUUGGACAACAAAAACAAUUACAUCAGGAAACAAUAACUAUUGGUUUGGUCAAUCUAAUGUUAUUAUUAUCGAAUCCAAUACUUUAUGCAAAAUUUCGUGAAGGUUUAACAAACGGACAAUGGUUAAAAGAUGCUGAUUCAUUUAUUGAAAAUCGUUCGACUGGUUUUCAAUUGGCUGGUUUUAAUAUAUCAACAACAAAUACGACAACAACAACCGCAGCGAAAAAUUCAGUAACAAAAAUUCAACGUGAUAUAUUUACAUUACCCGGGUUUCAACAUUUAAAUUGGCUACUUCAAUAUCAUCUAUAUGAACCGAAAAUUUAUCUAAUUCUAUUUCAAACAAUAUUUGGUUAUUUUCGUACAUUAACACCAAAAACAUUAGAAGAUAUUGAUUCAUUUGAUCAACUUUCAUUGAAUAAUUUAAUCCAAAUACUUGUUAAUGAUCAAAAACAAUUUAAACAGGAAAAAAUUUAUGGUAAAGAUAUUAUAUUAUCGAUUAUUGUUAUGAUUAAUUCAAUUUGUUGUCAUUCGAUUGGAAUCGUUAAUAAUGAACAAAAUCAAUUUAAAUAUAAUGAAUAUCCAAUAAUAUUGAUAAAUUUUAUCAAAUAUAUUUAUAAUUAUAAUCGUGAUUUUCGUUUUUAUUGUCAAACAAAUUCUGAAUUUCUUCAUCAUUUAUGUCGUUCAUUGAUUGUAACAGAUCAAGAUGUUGAAUCAACAACAACAACAACAACAGCGACACAAUUAAUUGAUCAUCCUGUUUGUCAACUGAUAUUAGAAUUUAUAAUGGCCAUUUUUAUCAAUAUAAUCAAUACAAAUCCAUAUACAUUAUCAAUGAAUCAAACACAACAAUCAUUAUUUACAAAUAAUAAACCAUGUCAAUUAUUUAAUAGUUUAUUAAAUUAUAUGGGACAAUGUCGUCAUGGACAAACAAAAAUUAUAUCAUUAUUUUUGGAUUGUGUUUGUAAAUCAUUGGAUUUUAAUAUUCAAUCAUCAUCCACUCAGCAUAAUAACAACAACGAACAACAACAACAAAAUAUUAUUUUAAAUUUCCAAAAUUCCUAUUCUAAUAUUGUGGUAUUAAUGUCAGCGAUUGUUGAUAAAUUAUGGCAAAAUUGUUAUAUUGAUGAUCGAAGAAAAAUUCUUGAUUGUCUUAUUCGAUUAUUGCGAACAAAUUCUUCCGUUGAUACAGCAACGACGAAACAAUCAACAACAAAUUCAUCAUCAUUGAAAACAUCAUUAAAAAAUUUAACAUCACAAAUAUCCGAAUUGAAUCUUCUCUAUAAAUCAAUUAAUCGUACAAUUUUAUUUCUAAUAUCACGAUCACAUGAAACAAUAUCGGAUCGUAUACAAUUAUUUGAAAUAUUACAAUUAAUACAUUGUAAUAGUCAAUUAUUAAUAUGUUCCAAAUGUAAUAAUGAUCAUGAAUUUUUUGCAUGUUUAACAUAUUGUUUGCUGCAAUUGGUACAAAACGAAACAAUUAAUUUAACACCAACAACGUCAUCAUCUUCAGGAACAAAUAUUAAAAAUGAUCGAUCAACAUCACAAACAACAUGGUAUAUUGAUAGUAAUCGUAGUAAUAAUAAUUCGCUAGAUCAAACUGAUCAAACUGAUGAAGGUACAUUAUUAAUAAUAUCAACAGUGAAAAAAAUUUGGCAAGAAAUUUAUUUAUCCAAGAAAAAUUUCCUAGAAGAAACAUUGAAGAUUUCAUUAACAAUAAAUAAUUCUGCAUUUGGCAUUGAAUCAAAUGAUUUAAUAAAAUUUCGUGAUUUACUUUAUGAACCUACGCAAAAAUUUUGGUCAAAUUAUAUUGACCAAGAACAGCAACGUUUGAAAAGAAAACCACCACCACAAACAUCAUCAUCAUUAUCAUUUGAUUAUCUACCAUUAUCAAAUACAACGAAUGUUUUAUCGGAAAAAUUUACAAAUAUUAAUAAAUUAAAUAAUUUAGUAACCAAAUCGGCUGGUGGUUUUGUAUCGAAAAUUGUUGGCGGUACAUCGGGUGUUGUUGGUUCAGCUAUAUCAUCCGCAGUCGGUACAACACGUAAAGAAGUAUUUCGUUCAAGUUUAAGUUCAGAUUCAGCACAUUUAACAUCACAUUCAACUAUAGUGCCAACAUGGACUUUGAUGACAAAAAAUGAAAUCAUUUAUUGGACAUCGAUACAUGAAUUGAUUGUUAAAAAUUUUGUCAAUUUUCAAGCCAAACAAAAACGUACAUUAGAUUAUAAUCUACGUAAAUAUGUUUAUAGUGAAUGGCAAAAUAAUGAAUAUGAAUUUUUAACACGUGAACGUACAAUAUGGGGUCCAUUAUAUGGUUCAAAACGUUUUGAUAAAUGGAUGUUAGAUAUGACUGAAGGACCAAAUCGUAUGCGUAAAAAAAUGAUACGUAAUGAUGAAUUUUAUCAAAAUUAUCCAUUCCGACCGGAAUUAGAGAAUAUAAAAUCACCAAAAUUUCGUUCACCAAUAUCAUUAGAUUCAAAAGAUUAUUAUCGUAGAAUUUAUUCGGAAAAAUAUUUUCAUUUGGAUAAAGAUGAUGAUAUACAAUCAUUUGAAUAUGAAAUUGAUGAAUUACCAUGUGCAUCGAUUAGUGAUUCAAAUGAAAUAUCAAAAGGUUCGGAUUCAAAUCGACCAAAAACAUCAUUAUCAAAUACUGAUGAUGAUUAUCAAGAAUUUAUUGGUGAUCCAUCCGAUUCAAUUGAUAUAUUUGAAUCAGAACAAACAAUUAGUGAACAACAAAUUAAUAAUAUUAUAAUGCAUGAAGAUAAUAAUAAUAAUAAUGAAAUGCAAACAAUAUUAAGAUUAUUGGAAGAAGGUGAAAAAAUUUCACAUAUGUUUCGAGUGGCUCGUGUACAAGGUCUUGAUUCAUAUGAAGGUCUUUUAUUAUUUGGUAAUGAACAUUUUUAUCUUAUCGAUGGUUUUACAUUAUUAAAAACAAAAGAAAUUCGUGAUAUUGAUUCAUUACCACCGGGUGUUUAUGAUUCAAUCAUACCAAAUACACCAAGUUCAAGUUCCGUAUCUGUUUAUACUGGGAAAAAAGUAUGUAAUAAAUUUGCAUAUGAAGAUAUACGUGAAGUACAUAAACGUCGUUAUCUAUUACAACCAAUUGCAUUGGAAAUAUUUUCAAUGGAUGGUCGUAAUUCAUUAAUGGUAUUACCAAGAAAUUUACGUAAUAAAGUUUAUGCAAGAUUUUUAUCUGUUGCUGUUCAUAUUACGGAUAAUGCACAAGAUUCAUUGAUGGGACAAAAACGUAAUGUUAAUGUUGAAACAGGUGGUCUAUUAAGUAAUCUGAUUGGUGAAACUUCUGUCACACAACGUUGGAUUCGUGGUGAAAUAUCAAAUUUUCAAUAUCUAAUGAAUCUAAAUACAUUAGCUGGCCGUUCAUAUAAUGAUCUAAUGCAAUAUCCAGUAUUUCCAUGGAUUGUAGCUGAUUAUCAAAGUUAUGAAUUAGAUUUGAAUAAUCCGGCUUCGUUUCGUGAUCUAAGUAGACCGAUGGGUGCACAAACACCGGAACGUUUGGAACAAUUUCGAAAACGUUUUAGUGAAUGGGAUACUGAUACAAAUAUUAAAGGGGGUGAUGAACUUAUACAAGGUGCAUAUCAUUAUGGAACAUUUUAUUCAAGUGCAAUGAUUGUUGCUUCAUAUUUGGUACGAAUUGAACCAUUUACACAACAUUUUCUACGAUUACAAGGUGGUCAUUUUGAUUUAGCUGAUCGUAUGUUUCAUUCGAUUGGUGAUGCAUGGCUUUCAGCAUCAAAACAUAAUAUGGCCGAUUUGAAAGAAUUAAUUCCAGAAUUUUUUUAUCUACCUGAAUUUCUUAUAAAUUCAAAUCGUUAUGAUUUUGGUUGUAAACAAAAUGGUACACGUUUAAAUGAUGUUAUAUUACCUAAUUGGGCUAAAAAUGAUCCACGUGAAUUUAUUCGUGUACAUCGUGCUGCAUUAGAAUCGGAUUAUGUUUCAGCACAUUUACAUGAAUGGAUUGAUCUGAUAUUUGGUUAUAAACAAAAUGGUCCGCCAGCAAUUGAAGCAGUAAAUGUAUUUCAUCAUUUAUUCUAUGAAGGAAAUGCCGAUAUCUAUAAUAUUGAUGAUCCAUUGAAAAAGAAUGCAACCAUUGGUUUUAUAAAUAAUUUUGGUCAAGUACCAAUGCAAUUAUUUAAAAAACCACAUCCACAAAAGAAAACAUAUCAAAAUUCAGUAUCAACACCAUUAAUAUCAUCAUUACCACCAUUAUUAUCAUCAGUAAAUUUAAGUGGUUCGAAUACUGCAAGCAAAGUAUUCAUACAUAAUUUAGAAUAUUUAAAACCGAUGAUGAAUCCAAUCAAAGAACUUAAAGGUGCUGUUGGUCAAAUUGUUCAACAAGAAAAAACAAUAUUGGCUGUUGAACAGAAUAAAGUAUUGAUACCACCAUUAUAUAAUCGUUGUGUUGCAUGGGGUUUUGCUGAUCAUAGUUUUCGUAUCGGACCUUAUGAAUCGGAUCGUGCACUUUAUGUUUGGGAAAGUGAACUAUUUCCACCGAAUGGUGAAAUUCUUUGUACAACUGUACCGAAUUCUCGUAUUAUUAUUACGGCUGGAACUAAUUCAGUUAUUUAUGUUUGGCGUGUAAAAACUAAAUCAUUAACAUUAUCUUUGCAUCAGAAAUUAUAUGGUCAUACUGAAGCGGUUACAUGUUUAGCAUCAUCAUCAGCAUAUGGAAUUAUUGUUUCUGGUUCACGUGAUAAAACCUGUAUUAUUUGGGAUCUUAAUCGUUUUGUUUUUAUACGACAAUUAGGUGGUGGUAUUGAAUUAGUUCAUCGAUCACCAAUUGCAGCAGCCGCUAUUAAUGAUCUAACAGGUGAUAUUGCUACAUGUUGUUCAACAAUGUUAUAUCUUUGGUCAAUUAAUGGUGAUCUUGUUGCACAAGUUAAUACACUUGAUUGUUCACCAUUAUCAUCAUCAUCAUUAAAUUCACCACAAAAUUCAGCACAAAUAUUAUGUUUAGCAUUUUCAUCAUAUAAUGAAUGGGAUGCAGAUAAUGUUAUAUUGACUGGAUCAUCAGAUGGUGUUGUAAAAAUGUGGGCAUUACGUUAUGUUCAAGAACGAUUAGAAACAACAGAUGAAUCGAAAGAAAAAACACCAUCUUCAUUAUCAUCAUCAUCAUCGUCGUCGUCGUCGUCAUCAUCUUCAUCAUCAUCAUCAACCGAAUCACCUGUAUCAGAAGAAUUGAAAAAUUCUAUUUCAUUAAAUCCAUCAAAAGAUGAAAUUGUUCGUCGAUUAUCGAUAGUAUCGACAAAAAAUGAAAAUGAAGAUUCUGAAGAGAAUACAGCUGAUUCAACAACACCUGUUGAUGAUGAAGGUAAUGAUUUAAAUGAUUGGAAUCGAUCAAAUAAUCAACAACAACAACAACAACAAUCGCAUGUUAUUCGUCCACAUCCGACUAUUUCAUUAAUACAUUCAGAAUCAUUUACCGAAUCAAAACCUGAACAAAAAUUAUUCAAAAAUAAUGAACCAAAAUCAUCAACAAAAUUAUUAGGAAAUUCAUUACAAACCGGUGGCACUGGUGGAUCAAUUCGUAAUUCAAAAUCCGAUACAGCUUUAGCUGAAUCAUUAUUGAAAACUGCUAAUAAACCACCAAAUCAAUUACCACAACAAAAUGAUGAUAAAGAUCCAUGUCUUAAGAUUGGUUAUCGUUGGACAACAAAAUUAGUAUUUUGUUCAAAAUUAACAAUGCAUACAGCAUAUGAACGUAAAGAUAAUAAAGAUCCGGCUGCAAUUACCUGUAUAGCAAUAUCGAAAGAUCAUCGUAAUCUUUUUGUUGGUGAUGCACGUGGACGUAUAUUUUGUUGGGCUGUAAAUGAGAAUAAAAAUCUUGCCGCUGAUCAUUGGAUUAAAGAUGAUGUUGCAACUAAUUGUACAAGUUGUUCAAUAAAAUUUUCAAUUACCGAACGUAAACAUCAUUGUCGUAAUUGUGGUAAAGUUUUUUGUGCAAGAUGUUCAAGAUUUGAAGCAGCAAUUAUACGAUUAAAAAUAAUGAAACCGGUACGUGUUUGUCAAAAUUGUUUCAUCUUUUUACAACAACAACAGCCAAAAUCAACCGGUUAAACAUAAAAAUCUAGUCAAACAGUUAUACAUCACCAAAAAAGUAUUUUUUGCUGCUGUUCUUCAAAAUCAAUCAUCCUAUUUUUUUCCGCCACAUUUGUGAUAU